AACAAACCAAAACCAGGAGAGGAAACAGCUUUACAAAACACUGUUGAGAAACUGCCCUGUCACACCCCGUUUUCACAGCAACAUCCCCACCCUGCAGCACAUAAGUGCCGAGACGUCCCUGGUGCUGCUCAUCCCGGUCCCCGCGGUGGGUGAGCACCAUCCCCGGCACAGAAUCCAUCAUCCCCAGCACUGAACCCGCAUCCCUGAGCCAAAUCCAGCUGGACAGAGAGCGACUGGCAAGGCCACCGGAUUAAAAUCUGUCCCCUGACCUGCUCUGAGGACGAAGCCCCAGCAGAGGCAGCAUGAUGUGGGCAGUCCCGGCAGCCAUCACCCUCGGCCUCUGUUUCUCCGCAAACCUGGGGAAGGCAGCAGCGGCCACCCUGAUCAUGGGAGCCAUCCAGUUCACCACUGAGCAACACCCCGACCUCUCGGCCUCGCUCCUGCAAGGAUUCCCGUGUGUCCAGGCCAGUGACCUGCCCGCUGCCACCGUCCUCGCCUUCGCCCAGGGGCUGCGGAGCGACCCGGCGGAGCUGAGCGCUGCCCAGCUCUCCUGCCUGGCCAGCCUGCUUGCUGCCAAGAACCUGACGGCCGAUUUUAGCCGGUACCCACCAGACCUGCUGCUCUUCUUUGAUUUGGCUGAGCUGGAUGCUGGGACCUGCAAAGCAUUUUACACCCGGGCGUCCCGCGGGAACCUGGAGCUGCUUCCCAGGGGCUCAGCCCAGCGGACGGGGCUGCUCCGUGGGGCUCUGACUUGCCUGGGGGUGAGGAGCAGCCACCUGCGCCCCGAGCAGCUGAGCAGCCUCGGGGGGCUGGUGUGUGACAUGGAGCCUGAGAUCAUCACGGCCUCAGACCCCGGCAUCCUGGAGAACCUGAAGCUCUGCCCAGCACUGACAGCAGCCCAGCAGGAUGCCCUGAACACCGUGCUGCUCAGGGGGGGCACAGCGUACAGGGAUCCUUCCAGCUGGGAUUUACAGACUCUGCAAAACUUGGGGCCGCUCAUGCUAGCUUUGAACCAGACCACGCUGAGCCUGGUGGCCGAGGCAGUGCGGGAGGCUUUCGUCAGGAGCAUCGUGGCCGCCUACGGCAGCCAGGGACAUUCCCAGCGGGAGAAAUCCCUGACCAUCCUCAGGGCUCUCACAGCUUCAUCUCAUCCCAGGCUGAAGCGGAACGCAAAUGGCUGCCUGUACGCUCCCAUCACAGCCAGCACAGUCUCUGAUCUCUUCUUACUCAUCGACUACGACACCGUUGAGCAGUUUGACCUGUGCCUGAGCAGCGACGUUGUAAAAACAAGCCUGAAGGCUCUGCUGGAACAGCCACUCCCCAUGGCGUACAUCCGGGUCGUGAGAAAAAAGCUGGACCAGGCUUACCCGUCGGGGCUGCCCGAUGAGCAGCUCAAGCUGUUGGGGUCGCUGUCCCGCCUGUACACACCGGAGGAGAUCAGCCGGUGGUGGGUGACAUCCAGUGACACGCUGUCAGCCCUGCUCAACCCCAUGUAUGGCAAGUGGGGGGAUGCCCAGGUCCAGCAGCUGAUCAGGAGGUACCUGGACCUGGGAGGCAACUUGACUGGGCCCUUGCUUCAGAAAAUCGGCGGGAAAAACCUCUGUAAUCUGCAGGAGGAGGACAUCAAGCGAAUCUCUCCAGAAGCAAUCAGGACUGCUGGGCGAUUAAACAUUUCUUCUUGCUCUCAAACCAAGAAGGACCAACUCUACCAAAAAGCCCGGGAGGCCUUUGCCAGCCAGGCUGGCAGUCCCGGGGUGUAUUUGUGCCGGAUUGGGCCCUACCUGGGUGGAGCUCCAGUGCAGGACCUGAAAGACUUGGCUGAAGCUGGUGUUACCAUCAACAUCACCACUUUCCUUGCCCUAAAUCCCAAUGAGCUGCAGAAACUCAGUGUCACGGAUGUGAAAAAUUUGCUUGGGGAAAACCUCCCUUACCUGAAGGACGCUGAGAACGAGCCAUCGGUGAUGCGUUGGGUGCAGAGACAGUCCCAGCGGGAGCUGGAUUGUGUCCUGGGAAUCGGCCUGCAAGGGGGGACGGUCCCCUCUCCUCACCCCCCCACCUCGGCCAGUGUCACCCCCACUGCCACGGUCCCUGUGCCCACCACCCUCCCCACUGUCUCCACCCCUAUUGCCAUUAGCAGCCACCCUACCACUCAUUCAAGUACUGGCCCCCACAAGGUCCCCCCCCCGAGCCUGACCCCCCCAGGCACUGACACCCCUGUCCCCAGCACUGCUGGGAGUCCCCUUGUCACCUCCACUGCCCAACCUGCUCCCACCACUGGCCCCAUUGUCCCAUGCUCCAUCCAUCCAGCUGUCCCCUCCAGUACGGCCACCCCCCCAGCUGUCACCCGCCUCAGCACCAUCCUGGCCACUGUCAAGCCCCACGCCACCUCUCCCAGCUCUGUCCCACCCCCGGCUGUCACACACGGUGCCACCACCACCAGUGUUGUUCCUAACUCGGUGGUUACCACCCACAAAACCAGCACCCUGCUGGUGUCCUCCAACCCCCCAGCACCCGGGGGUACUGUCCACCCUGCUCCUGCCAGUCCGAACACCGUCACCCCCAGCACCCACAGUGCUCCCAGCACCCUUGUCCCUCACUCCCCCUCUGCACCCACAGAUGUGAACCCCCCUCCCCAGCCCACCCCCAGUCCCCACUCCACCCAAAAGAGCAUUGUCUCCUCCACGGCCGAGACCACAACGUUGGAUUGUGUGACCGGUGCCCCUCCAGCAUCUCCCAGCCCCUCCUCCACCAACACCGCCAGUGAGACCAGUAAAAAAACAACUGCAGGUGCACCACAGUCACCUGGACCCACAUCCACAGGAAGCACCAACCCACAGCCUGAAUCUGGAUCAGGAUCCCACCUGUCCCCCUGCCUGGUGUCCGUCCUGACGGUGGCCGUGGGGACAUCCCUGCUGCGGGGGCUGCUCUGACCCUGCUCCCCCAGCACCGCCCUUACCUGCAGCCCUCAGCAUCCUGCAAAUAACGGUGCUGGCAACAUCCCUGCUGGAAAGCAGAAACCCGGGACAGGAACAGACUUUGGCCAUUUGGCACCAGCCAGAAUUUGCUCAUUAUUUUUGAGGCUGGGCAGUGAAGGGAGGACAGAUCUUUUUCCAGCCCAGCAGGUACUAACUAGCUCGUUGCUCUACAUAAUGCAAUAUUGACCAGUCCUGAUAGCAGGCCCGGUUCUGCCAGCUUUACUCACACCGAGUGCUGUUUUACUUCCACACAGUCCCACUGGGAUCCUUUGAAACCGUGGGACAACUCAGGGAUUCGAGUCACCAGUGUUGCAAGAGCAGCAGAAUAUACGGCCCAGCAACGCAGACUGAAAACUCAGAGGUCCACUAAAUUGCAUUUGACUUGUUUCCGGAACUUAGGAGAUUUUUGAUCCAGAUUUGUUCCAACUAUGCCAAGCCUAGUUAGAGGGAUGAUUAAGUGAAGAUAGUUUAUCUUGAUUAUUGUUGCAAUGCUAUAAAAUAAAACAUCAACAUUUCCCCCCCCCCCCCAAUCAAAUGUGGGUUUUGAUGUGUUUAGUUCUUUGCAUUUUAGUUUUUCUGGCUGGCUUAAAUCUGAAGUUUCCACUUCAGCUCUUUCUUAAUUAUCUAGUAUCUCGUCCUCCAAUAUCUCUACUACGAGCGAACGUUUAUCCCUUCAACUUGCAGAUCACCCACUGAAAAUCUUAUACAAAGUUCUUAUGCCCUCCCCAUGAGAAACUGAGAACAGCCUCAGC